UCACUAAUGUCAAAGCGUCAUUGUGGCAUAUUUUGUUUGAGUUUGAGUAAAAGCGUGCUGGAUCGUGUUAUUAUUGUAACAAUACAAAUUUUUAAUUAAUACAUUAAAACAUUGAAAAUGGCCGGUGUAUUAUUCGAAGAUAUAUUUAAUGUGAAAGAUAUUGAUCCAGAAGGCAAGAAAUUUGAUCGUUGUAGCCGGUUGCAUUGUGAAUCAGAAUCUUUUAAAAUGGACUUAAUUUUGGAUAUAAAUUCCUGGAUAUAUCCAAUGGAAUUGGGUGAUAAGUUCAGAUUAGUGCUUGCUACGACUCUUAGAGAGAACGGUUAUCCUGAUGGAGGCGAAUGGAACCCUCUAGAAACAGAAGGAAAUCGCGCCGACAGUUUCGAGUACGUGAUGUCCGGAAAGGUGUACAGGAUAGAAGGAGAUGAAGCAGCAAUGGAGCCAGCGUCCCGGUUAGCAGCAUAUGUGUCCUUCGGAGGCCUAUUAAUGCGAUUGCAGGGUGAUGCGAACAACUUGCACGGUUUUGAAGUGGACCAACACAUGUACUUGUUAAUGAAGAAACUAGCUUUCUAAGAUUAUUUGUUUAUUGUUAGGCUAUUUUAAGAAUAAAUUUUAUAUUUUUAAGUGUA